ACGCUGCGGGAGCCGCUGCCAGCGCCGGACGGAGUCGGCGGCCGGGCGGAGGACGGGCGGGCGACCCUCGGACGCAGCCCCAGGCCGAGCCGCAGGCUUCCUGGCGAGGCGGGGCGGCCGCGAGCCCCGGCGGGAAGAUGUUCAACGUGGAGUCCCUGGAGCGGGUGGAGCUGUGCGAGAGCCUCCUCACUUGGAUCCAGACAUUUAAUGUAGAUGCACCAUGCCAGACCGUGGAAGAUUUAACGAAUGGGGUUGUGAUGGCCCAGGUUCUUCAGAAGAUAGAUCCUGCAUAUUUUGAUGAAAAUUGGCUAAACAGAAUCAAAACUGAAGUAGGAGAUAAUUGGAGGCUAAAGAUAAGCAAUCUGAAGAAAAUUUUAAAGGGAAUCCUGGAUUACAAUCAUGAGAUUUUGGGGCAGCAGAUUAACGACUUCACCCUCCCCGACGUGAACCUCCUCGGGGAGCAUGCCGACGCCGCAGAGCUCGGGAGGAUGCUUCAGCUCAUCCUGGGCUGUGCUGUGAACUGUGAGCAGAAGCAAGAGUACAUCCAGGCCAUUAUGAUGAUGGAGGAGUCCGUUCAGCACGUUGUCAUGACAGCCAUUCAGGAGCUGAUGAGUAAAGAGUCUCCUGUCUCUGCUGGGAAUGAUGCCUACGUUGACCUUGACCGCCAGCUGAAGAAAACUUCAGAGGAAUUAAAUGAAGCUUUGUCAGCCAAGGAGGAAAUAGCCCAAAGGUGCCACGAGUUGGAUCUGCAGGUCGCAGCCUUGCAGGAGGAGAAGAGUAGUCUGUUGGCAGAGAAUCAGGUGUUAAUGGAAAGACUUAAUCAGUCUGAUUCUAUAGAAGAUCCUAACAGUCCUGCGGGAAGGCGGCAUCUGCAGCUGCAGACUCAGUUAGAGCAGCUCCAAGAAGAAACAUUCAGACUUGAAGCAGCCAAAGAUGAUUAUCGAAUACGCUGUGAAGAGUUAGAAAAGGAAAUCUCUGAACUCCGGCAGCAGAACGAUGAGCUAACCACUUUGGCCGACGAUGCUCAGUCUCUAAAAGAUGAAAUAGAUGUUCUUAGACAUUCUUCUGAUAAAGUGUCUAAACUAGAAGGCCAAGUGGAAUCAUAUAAAAAGAAGCUAGAAGAUCUUGGCGAUUUGAGGCGGCAGGUUAAACUCUUAGAAGAGAAGAAUACCAUGUACAUGCAGAACACCGUCAGUCUGGAGGAGGAGCUGAGAAAAGCCAAUGCGGCCCGAAGUCAGCUUGAAACGUACAAGAGACAGGUAGUAGAGCUGCAAAAUAGAUUAUCUGAAGAAUCGAAGAAAGCGGAUAAAUUAGAUUUUGAAUAUAAGCGGCUAAAAGAAAAAGUUGACAGUCUUCAAAAAGAAAAGGAUAGGUUAAGAACAGAGAGGGAUUCCCUGAAGGAAACCAUUGAAGAGCUUCGCUGCGUACAGGCUCAAGAAGGACAGCUCACAACUCAAGGGUUAAUGCCCCUGGGGAGUCAGGAAUCUUCGGACAGUCUGGCGGCAGAGAUCGUUACCCCCGAAAUCAGGGAGAAACUUAUUCGCCUUCAGCAUGAGAAUAAGAUGUUAAAGAUUAACCAGGAGGGAUCCGACAAUGAGAAAAUCGCCUUGUUGCAGAGCCUUCUCGAUGAUGCCAACCUGCGCAAGAAUGAACUGGAGACGGAGAACAGGCUGGUGAAUCAGAGACUUCUGGAAGUGCAGUCCCAGGUGGAAGAACUUCAGAAAUCCUUACAGGAUCAAGGCUCCAAGGCAGAAGAUUCAGUUCUUCUAAAGAAGAAGCUUGAAGAGCAUCUAGAGAAGCUCCAUGAGGCCAACAAUGAGCUGCAGAAGAAGAGGGCCAUCAUCGAGGACCUGGAGCCAAGAUUUAACAACAGCUCCUUAAAAAUUGAAGAAUUACAAGAAGCUUUACGGAAGAAAGAAGAGGAAAUGAAACAAAUGGAAGAACGAUAUAAAAAAUACUUAGAGAAAGCCAAAAGUGUUAUCCGAACUUUAGACCCUAAACAGAAUCAAGGAGCAGCGCCAGAAAUACAGGCUCUUAAAAACCAGCUUCAAGAACGGGACCGACUAUUCCAUUCAUUAGAGAAAGAAUAUGAGAAAACAAAGAGUCAAAGAGAGAUGGAGGAGAAAUACAUCGUUAGUGCCUGGUACAAUAUGGGAAUGACUCUGCAUAAAAAGGCAGCCGAAGACAGACUCGCUAGCACAGGUUCGGGGCAGUCAUUUCUGGCGAGGCAAAGACAAGCCACCAGCACCAGAAGAUCCUACCCGGGCCACGUUCAGCCAGCCACCGCCAGAAACCAUACUUGAAGCAAGAUGUCAGAGUAGACACAGAAGUGACCCAAGGCAUCACUGUGCUAAUUUUUCACGUUAAGUGCAGAAGUCUGAGCUCAGUGUGAAUGCUUCUGCUGGGUAAGAAGUAAAGCAGAAGGAAUUAGGAGGAAUGGAGAGAACCACGUGGAUGAAAUAUACUGUGGGCUUUCCGGAGGCUACGCAGACCUCAUCAACACAGGAAGUUUUGACAAUAAAAGAUUAAAAAUGAUUUCAGGUGGUUCAGCCUCCCACCCCCGCCCCCUUCCCCUUCUUUCACAAAUAGAGUCAGGAUCCGACUGUUUAAAAGCAGGGCAUGAACACUAACCUUGAUAAGAUUAAAAUUAUUGGGAAAUAGAUCUGCAGAAUAAGAUAGAUGAAAAAAGGAGUCUAUGAGCUGUUUAUUAUAAAUGGGUCAUAUACCAUGAGAUCAGAGGCUUUCAUUUUAGUUUCCUAUUUACUACCCCAGUUCUGGUCUCCUGCUGCACCCACCUGCUCAGAUAUGUUUCUCUAAGGAGAAGCAAGUGCCCCAAGCUUUUAGAAGGAAGUUUUCCGUCUUGUUUGUCUGCAGUGUCUGUUACUUGCCAUUAUUCUGGUGUUUACAUUCGUAACUUUCACUCACCUUGGCCGUAUCUUUAAAUCGUAGUAUGUUGUUUUCAUUGCCUAGCAGAAAUUACAUUUCUAAACAUUCUGUGAUUUUUUUUUAAAAAAAGCAGAAAUAAAAACUUAGCAGUCACAGUGAGAACCCUGCUUACCUUGGCUCAGCUUCGAACAGGAUUUAUAAAUCUCUGUGUCUCCAGUAAUGACUCAGAAUGUCUCAGGAGGCUUGUGAUGCUGCGUGGUCUGUCAGGAAGGUGAAAGGCACUGGGCGCCUUAUCUAGACGGGCCCUGCGGCCCUGGUGCAGCCGCCCUGGCCCGGGGCAGCCCCGCCAAGCCCCAGUCCCGGGGCAGCAGCGCCCGUCCGGCCGCAGGUGGAGUCAGCACAGUGAUACCCCGUUCCGGCUGGGCCGAACCAUCACCCCCGGGUCUGAGUUCUCAUCAACAAAAAGCUUAUUUUCUGUUUUCCUCCUAGACAGGGUAAGAAAAUACAAAGUAAUAACUAAACACUAUAAAAGCAUAAAAUUUAUAUUCUGUAGUGUGUAUUUCAGGAGUGUGUAAUGGGGGGAAAAAUCCAGCAAAUAUUAGUUCACCACAUCUGAAAAAGAGAAUAAAUAAUAUGAUUGUACAUAUCUUAAAAGAACUUUCAAAAACUCAGUCGUAUCUUUUAUCACGUGUCUAAUUCAUAAUAACCAAGAAAAAGAAGUCCCUGAAUAAAGGCUCCAUUUUCUAAAAUUGAUCAGGAUGGAAUGAUUUCUGUUUGAUGGUCCAGCCCAGUAGAACUGGCCAGUGAGAUGAUUCAUUAUAAGGAUGCUGUUGUCAUCUGUUAUUUUGUUGAGGUCAGUACUGUGUAAUAAAAGCCCAGUUGUGCUAACUUAAGCUAAACGUUACCAGUCAGAAACCCCAGCCCUCGUAGGUAUACCAGUGGUCCUCAGGAAGGCAUGAAAAUCCGUGCUGGACCAACAGGUCAGCAGGAAGUGGUUGUGAAGGGAAGGAUGAUUUAGGUUGAAGCGAAGGUACAUUUUAUUUAUGAGCUAUUUACUCGCAUCUCCUUUGUCAUAGCAGUUUUGUUUAUUCAUAUCUCCAGAUAUGAAAUUUUUCUUCGUGUCUCUUGCUCUCAGACAAGCAUUCAUCUUUUAAAGAUAACCUCGUGUUAGAAACUUGGAAAUCUUGAUCCCAAUAUGAGAAUUAACUUGAAACAAAAUUCUAAAUGUUUGAACUUACCUUACCUCUCUGCAUUGAGUCUCCAGUUGUCCAGGUCUCAGACCCCAGGAGUGUUAGUUACCCCCAAGUGGAACACGUGCGGUGCAUCCGAUAAGGCGCCCACAACCCACAGAUAGUGUAAACCUGGCUAGUCUACUGCCACGUAGGUAAGAACACCUGUGAUCCUAAAGGGAGAGGAAAGUGCUUGGCAUCUUGCUUUUUGCUGAGGGCAGAAUAAGAUGCUUUUUGGUGUCUGUCCUUUAAACUAUGGAAACACAGUCUGAUUUUUUUAUCUGCCCGGAAAUGGAUGUCGAACUGAUGUAGGCUUGUAUCUCUUAGCAGUGAAGCCUGUGUGAUACCCUAUAAGGCAGGAUGAAAGACUGUACAGGGCAAAAUAAAAUGCGAUCUCAGAAUCUUCGAAACUUAUUUUGGCAUAUUUUUAAAAUUUGUUUCCCCUUUUAUGCAUUAAAAGGGUUUCCACUCAGUGACAAGACUCUCUUUUCCUGGAGUCACAAGGGCGGCUCAUCUUGGUCGACGUGCAGCCCAGUCUCACUACAUUUACAAAGCAUUUCCCAGCUUAUUCUUUGUAAGGAUAAUGAUUUGAAUGUUUUGUAUCAUGAACUUUUAUGUGAGGAAGGCUAUUCUCAAUGUAUCUGUCAUCCAAUUUUUUUACUCUCUAUAAAGCAUAUUUCAAUAAUAA